AUGCUGUUUCUUUUGGUAUUGUAUGCAGCUGUGCUAAUAGAGAGUGGUAAAGUUCACGAUGAUGAAUGGAUUGACCCCACGGAUAUGCUCAAUUACGAUGCAGCAUCAGGAACAAUGAGAAGACCUUACAAGGCAAACUAUCAUGACUCUGAGGAUAAGGCUGUGGAUACAGUCAGUGCUGAAAUCUUAGCGAGUUGUUCCAGGGAAGUAGAUUCCUUGCAACAGAAGAUUGCAGAAUGUGAGAAGAGGAAUGCCAAAUCACGUGAAAGCCGUAGCUUUUAUAUUUUGAAGCGAUACUUGAAUAAGAUUUUAAAUGAAGCUGGAAAACUUGGCCUUCCUGAGGAAGAUGUGGGCCACAUCCAUUAUGAUGCUGAGAUCAUCCUUACAAAAAAGACACAUUUGGAGAUUGUCAGGUUUCUCAAUGAGGAAACUUGGCAGUCUGGUGCUGUGGAUGAUGCACUUAGUGAUAUUUUGAUCAAUUUUAAGCACCAUGAUUAUGAAGCUUGGCACUGGAGAUUUGAAGACGCUUUUGGAAUUGAUCUAUAUAAUAUCUUUUUG